AUGUCUCUUAAAGAAAUUUUAUUUAGUACAAUGAAUGCAUUCAAUUGUCUUAUGAAAUGGUUUCCAUUGAAUAUGAAAGAGCCAUUGAGUUUGAUUAAUAUGUUUAUGUUUUGGUCAUGGUUUAUAAUUAUCUUUUAUAAUUAUUUUAAAACUAUAUUUCUUGGCCCUAGUUUUCUACGAAAACGUUGGCGACCAAAAAAUAAAGAAGAUGAAAAAUAUUUACAAUAUUGUACAAUUUGUCAAGGUUUCAAAACUUCGCAAGCAUAUCAUUGUAGAAAAUGUGGUCGAUGUAUAUCGAAAUUUGAUCAUCAUUGUCCUUGGAUGAAUACAUGUAUUGGUCAUGUUAAUCAAACGAAUUUCUGUUGGUUUUUAUUCUAUAGUAUUCUUGGUUGUUUACAUGCUUUAUUAAUGAUAUCUCCAUGUGUAUAUCGAGUAUUAUUCAUUCCUUAUUCUUCAUUACGAAUAAAUGAACCAAGAAUUUAUUUUACACUUACUGGUUUAAUAUCAUCCAUACUUACUCUUGGUUUUACUAUUGGUGUGAUUAUUGCGGUUGGAUUGUUAUUAAUUAUUCAAAUAAAAAAUAUAAUAUGUAAUCAUCGGCGUUUGAAAUCAUUUAUUUAUCCAUAUAAUCUUGGUUUCAAAGAAAAUAUUUGUCAACUAUUUAAUCGGAUAGAUUAUUUUAAUUUAAUUACUGAUGGUUAA